GGAAAAAAAAAAUCCAUACCCACAACAAUGGCUACGGACACCCAAAUCCGAAUCGGAGUAAUGGGUUGCGCCGACAUCGCUCGAAAAGUCUCUCGAGCCAUCAACCUCGCUCCCAACGCCACAAUCGCCGCCGUAGCAAGCCGCUCUUUAGAAAAAGCCAAAUCUUUCGCCACCGCUAAUAACUACCCAGAAUCAACCAAAAUCCACGGCUCUUACGAAUCAAUCCUCGAAGAUCCAGAGAUCGAUGCUCUCUAUGUUCCUCUGCCCACUAGUCUUCACGUUGAGUGGGCUAUUAAAGCAGCUGAGAAAGGGAAACAUAUCCUUUUGGAGAAGCCUGUUGCUAUGAAUGUAACUGAGUUUGAUAAGAUUGUUGUUGCUUGUGAAGCUAAUGGUGUUCAGAUUAUGGAUGGUACUAUGUGGGUUCAUAAUCCUAGAACUGCUUUGCUUAAAGAGUUUUUGUCUGAUUCUGAACGUUUUGGUCAGCUUAAAACUGUACAGAGUUGUUUCUCAUUUGCUGGAGAUGAAGAUUUUCUCAAAAACGAUAUCCGUGUGAAACCGGGUCUUGAUGGGCUUGGUGCGUUAGGAGAUGCUGGGUGGUACGCGAUUCGAGCAACUCUUUUAGCUAAUAACUUUGAGCUUCCGAAAACUGUGACGGCUUUUCCCGGGGCUGUGUUAAACGAGGCUGGAGUGAUUCUUUCCUGUGGAGCAUCUUUGAGCUGGGAAGACGGUCGAACUGCAACUAUAUAUUGUUCAUUUUUGGCGAACUUGACAAUGGAGAUAACUGCCAUUGGAACGAAAGGGACACUUCGUGUUCACGACUUUAUUAUCCCGUAUAAGGAGACUGAGGCGUCGUUUACCACGAGCACUAAAGCUUGGUUUAACGACCUUGUGACUGCGUGGGUUAGUCCCCCGAGUGAGCACACGGUUAAGACAGAGCUUCCACAAGAGGCAUGUAUGGUGAGGGAAUUUGCUCGAUUGGUUGGAGAAAUCAAGAACAAUGGUGCAAAGCCUGAUGGGUACUGGCCUAGUAUUAGCCGAAAGACGCAGCUAGUGGUUGAUGCUGUUAAAGAGUCUGUUGAUAAAAACUAUCAACAGAUUAGUCUCUCUGGUCGUUGAAGGAAAGGACUCAAAUUAGAAAUGUUGUCAUGAGUUCUCUCCUCUCUCGCUCUCUAUGUUCAAACUUCGAUCAUACGUUUAAGUGUCGUUACCAAUAUGUAUGGUCCUCUGCUGUGUCGGCCUGUAUCCGUAUGGUUAUAUGUUGUUACUAAUAAAAAUGUAAAAUUUAA